ACUAAUAAAAUACAGGUAGGAGGAAGACAUUGGUUACUUAAGAUUUUUUGAAUCAACGCCGUUUCUUCAUCUUCUUCAUCUUCCUCAUCUCAAUCAAGCAAAAAAGCUUCUCAUCUCAAAUCCCAUCAAAGAGGCUCGAGAGAGAGUUGUUAUUUAAUCAAACAAUCGUCGCCAUGUUUAUGAAUCGGCUAUUUGGGAAACCUAAGCCAGAGGCUAAUACUCUCCAGACGUUAGACAAGCUCAAUGAGACUCUUGAGAUGCUAGAGAAGAAGGAAGGUGUUCUUCUUAAGAAAGCUGCUGGAGAGGUUGAGAAAGCUAAGGAAUUCUCCCGCGUUAAGAACAAACGCGCGGCCAUACAAUGUUUGAAAAGGAAGAGGUUAUAUGAGCAACAAGUUGAACAGCUUGGGAAUUUCCAGCUCCGUAUUCAUGAUCAAAUGAUUAUGUUAGAAGGUGCUAAAGCAACUACAGAGACUGUUGAUGCUUUGAGGACCGGAGCUUCUGCCAUGAAAGCUAUGCAGAAAGCAACUAACAUUGAUGAUGUUGACAAGACAAUGGAUGAGAUCAACGAGCAAACCGAGAACAUGAAACAGAUCCAGGACGCAUUGUCAGCUCCAUUUGGGUCUGCUGCUGAUUUUGAUGAGGAUGAAUUGGAAGCAGAACUUCAAGAACUAGAAGAGACGGAGCUAGAAGAGCAACUUCUUCAGCCUGUUCCAAUCCAUGUGCCCCAAGGUAAGCAACCUACUCGUCCUGCAGCUCAGAAGAAACCUACCGCUGAGGAAGAUGAACUUGCUGCCUUACAAGCUGAGAUGGCUCUCUAAAGCUGCUGAAGCUAAGCCUUGGGAUAUUUCGGUUUAAGUGGGGAGAUUUGUGUGUGCAUUAUUAUUUAAAACAGAAAGAAAGAUGUUAUGUAUAUAAGGAUCCGAGUCAAAUUGAUCGGAAGAUUUUUUUUUUUCUUUUCAAUAUAAUUAACUUCAUAAACUACAUUCGAAUGUUUCUUUAUGUUGAUACUUUCUUGUGGUGAUCUUCUGGGUUACGACUUGGUGG